AUGGAUGCGUUAAGAAUCUUCCGACGACAAACAACCACCGAAGACGACACCGACGACUUGUAUGAUGGCUACUGGUGGUAUAGUCCUACUGCCUACGCCAUCAAAUGGGCUGUAAUUGCUGCGAUCUUGUUGGCAGCUCUUCUCUACUUUGUCGGAGGAUAUGUUCACGCCAAACGACGAAUGCAGAAGGGCCUUCCUCCUCUGGCGUAUCAUAGGUGGCUCAUACCCCGACGACAACGCAUGGCAUUUACACAGCAAUAUCCCCAGUACGCGAACCAAUUUUCCUUCUAUAGACAUGCACAGACGCCGUAUGGCCAUGGCCAAGCAUAUCCGAUGGGAAGCUAUGGGCCGCCUCCUCCUGCCUAUGGCGAGCCCGAUUACGUACCGGCCUACACGUCUCAAGGCCCGAACAAGGUCGAUCCCGAUCAGAAUUAUGCUCCGCCUUCGGGUCCACCCCCGUCGAAUACUGCUGGGCUUGCUGCGCCGCCCCCUGCGGCCACUGGUGGUCCGAGUUAUGGGAGAUGA